AUGGAAACAACCUUCGGGAGAUGGCUCGAGUCCCCAUCGAUCCCCAUGAUCAUCGGACAACACGAAAGACAAAUCAUCCUCUAUUCUGGCGCUUUCGCUGAUCUUUCCGAGUCCCUGAGAAAAUUUAUCUCUGACAUUCUACCGGUGUAUGAGGGAGACGAUACUACGUCGGGGGACUGGCGUCAUGUGGACCUGGAUACCUUUAUUCGAUUCUGUGAAUUCGCCUAUCGGGGUGAUAUCACAUCACCAGUCCGAUUACAAGAUGAGGAGAGCAUAACUGGCAACGAUGUCGUUUCUCAGCCUGUCAGAAGUGACAUUGUCAACCUUGCUAUUGGGACUGCUGGUACAUACGCUUUUAUUGCCCAUGCUCCUACCGUUCAUACCUCUGGCGCCAACGGUGUUUGGGGGGAUGACUUCACUCCAGUUAUUAUGGGACAUCUUCGGCUAUACGAGCUGGCUGCCAGAUACCAUAUCAAAGAGUUGUGCAAUAUGAUUGUCGCCAAGCUGAGUGAGCCUUUGAAAAUCGUCAAGGUGGAUGAUAUCCAAUACAUCCUCGAACUUGUUCGUUUCGUGUACUCGGAGACGCUAGAAUACGACAGGGAUAAUUCUCGCCCUUUGCGAUGA